GCUUUUCUGGUUAAACCCGUUGCUGAAAUUCGAAUCGUAUUGUCAUCAAGUUGCUGAAAUUCAUUAUUCGUUAUUCAUCUCAAUUCCUCAAGGCUGCUUUAAAAACGAUGGAAGGUGUCGACGUUAUGGGUUUAUUUAAAAGGGGUGUUGUUUGAGAGAAUCAUCAAACGUUGUUUUUACUCCCCCCUCGUUAAAGUCUUUCUUUAAAGCCUUAAAUCACGACUUAACCAUGAGGAAAAAGGUGUCAGUGUUGUCUCGUUGUUAUCUUUAUUAUCCAGGACGGAAGAUACCUGUAAAAAUGAGAGAUUCCUUUGGGAUCCAGUUCAUCCUUCUUGUGCUCGUCUGUCUCUGCGGUGUCUACAGUACCAACGUCACCAUUCAGUCUAAUCCACCAAGCAAUGGAGGAUUUGUUCAGACCAAUCCCGAGCAAACGGUGUCUCUGACGUGCGCGGUCGAGAACUCUGCUGCGGCAGAAGAACUGCAGUGGUUACGAAACGGCCAAGCGGUGAGCCUGAACGAUGGAAACCGCUUAAACACGAGCCACGUGUGUGUGCAGCCCGUAACCAGAGAUGAUAACGAAGUCAUCUUCACCUGCCAGCUGAAGUCUAAUGCUGAAGUGAAAGCUUCAAUCCAACUACAUGUUCAUUAUCCCCCAACCGUAGGUGACGAUGAGGAAAUGGAGGUUGAGGAGAAAAGUGACGCCGUUCUGUCCUGUGAUGUUCGCGCGUCUCCUCCAGUAACUGUAGACUGGAUGAAGGACGAUAAGCUUCUGGACCUUUCUUCUAGCAGCUACAAGACAAGCAACAACGGUUUUACGGCUACGCUUUCCAUUUCAAACGUUAAACGAGACGUGCACCAGGGUGUGUACGACUGCAAGACCAACUCGAGCAUCUAUGGAGUCAGGAGAAAGAGCUUCAGUGUCACCGUCAUAGACCAAGUCAUGAAGUUCCCUCUUGGGCCUGUGAUAACUGGUGUGGUGGUCAUACUCUGUACAAUCUUGCUGGCUGUCAUUUCCCGAUGGGAGAAGAUUAGGAAGUGCUUUAAAAAAGACUGACGCUCCAUCAAGUGGGCCAUCGUGUGCAACCCAUUCCAGCCAAAUGCACUGUACUGAGACCAACAAAGAGGACAUGCCGUAUAUGAACCAAACACUUCUGAUAUAAAGUGUUCUGCUUAAUUAAAAUCUUUCCUUAAAAUACC